GGGUGCAGGCAGAGGACGCUGGAGGAGUGAAGUCACAUCUCCCUUAAGCUCUGAGCUGCAAGCUUUUCAGAACCUCUGCUCGCCAUGAGCCGACAACCACAGCCCCAGACCGCGCGCACCGUGCGCUCCUCCUCCCUCCCAGUGUCACCGACUUCCCCCACUUCCCAGUACACGUCCCGUUCGGACUCCAAGGGGGCUUUGGACAGCGGCAGUCCCGAAGCGAAUACCGAAGAUGACAAGACCGAGGAAGACAUGCCCAUGCCCAAGAACUACCUGUGGCUCACCAUCGUCUCAUGUUUUUGCCCCGCGUACCCGAUCAACAUAGUAGCUUUGGUCUUCUCCAUCAUGUCUCUGAACAGCUACAACGAUGGAGACUACGAAGGAGCCAAGCGGCUGGGGCGGAAUGCCAAGUGGGUAGCCAUCGCCUCCAUCAUCAUUGGCCUCAUUAUCAUUGGCGUUUCUUGUGCAGUGCACUUUGCCAGGAAUCCCUGAGGAGCAAGCAGUCAGCUGGGAGCAUACAGGACAGUCGUCAUCUGCACAUACCCCAAAGAAGUUUCUGAGGAAUGGAUCCUUGAUUUUAGACUGUGAGAUCUUUUCCUCCAGGACUCUCCAGAGGCAGGUCCCUGGCAAAUGAACAACACCAACAAAAAGUCCAAAAUGUAGGAAAUCAGAGCGGCACAGCCACACCCACCAAAGUCAUUGAUUGAUGAAAAAGAAGAAAAUGGUGUCUCAUUGUCUCGGUUCAGCAACGUUCUUUGGUCCAUUCCUCUUCUGUAGAGAUGAACUCCAGAAAUCUUGUAAUCUUUCACUGGUGGAGGGGUCUGGAUUUUCAGGGAGCAGGAGGUUUUGAGGAAGAACAGCAAAUGCUGCUGUUUACAAUGUCAAGUACAAACAUUUGUAGCAUGCAUAAAGUUGUGGAUUUGUGGAAUUUUUUUCCUCUCAUUUUUUUUCAUGUUAUAGGUCCUUCAAUCUUAAAUAACUUCUUCUCCCUCAACACCAUCAGAGUUCACCCAGAACCUGGGCUUUUGUCCUGGUCUUUCCUUUCUUCGAAUUCCCACCUUCUCUUGCUUGUAUCUGCUUUGAUGGACUUGGCCACAACCUCUUUCUCCAUUCAGAGUCUGAGAAUGUACAUAGGGGCCAAUCCUAGGCAAAUGCAUACCUUCCAUCCCAAGUUUGGGAAUGAACUGGCUAUGUUUAUGGACUGUGGUAUUCUUUUCCACCUGUUUUUUUAACCAAAUCUCAGGCAAGAUUUUUUAUUUUUCCUGGAUGCCACCUGGAAGUGUCACCCUUGUAUUUUUUUUCUGUCCAAUGUCAACACCUUAGGUAUGAAUGCCCUGGUUCACAAUGCCAUUAUCCCACUCGCUAGAGCAUGCUGACUGAGUCUUUGAAGAGUGUGAAGUGUAUCACUAGCUGGUGUACACAGGUGAUUUCUAAGUAGUUCAUGAAUGCAAAGAACACUUUCUUUUUUUCCUAUUCUUUCUUGCUCCUGAUUACAGGAAGAAAACUCUGUUGAGUAGUAGUCAGUCCUUAACAUCUUUUGCCACUACAGCCAUUGCCUGUUAUAGUAAAGAAAGAGCAACCUUGGGUCUACUAUGUCUGGACAGGAGUCAGUGAUAUUAUUUUGUCUUCAUGGUAUUUAUUCAUUAACUACCGCUUGUGGCUCUCCACAGACCGAUGCCCUCUAUCAUUUCUGCUCCAAUAAAUUUAGUUAUGUAAGUAGACUCAAAGACAAAUAUCAAGUAAUUAACCUGACAUGUGAUGUGUAUAACCAGUUCACUUUAAGAACUAAUGUUAGAAACAUGAUGGUAAUGAACUUCAAUAGACAAAAGUAAAGGUAUUUUGUUCCAACCGAAUGAAGAGGCUGAAUGUCAAAACACCUGUUUCAAUGCCUUUUAAAAGUUUUGUUUCUUGGAGAGGAGCAGAGUGGAGAAAGGGUCUCCUGUAGCCCAGGCUGGCCUUGAAUUGCUACAUAGAAGAGGAUGACCUUGAAAUGAACUCCUGAUCCUUAAUGCCUCCACCUACUGAGUGCUAGGAUUAUAGUCUUGAGCCAUGAUAGCCAAAUACUUUUGUUUUCUUUAGGAGUGUGCAGAGCACACUAGCUGUGCAAGUUGAUCUAGUCAAGUUUCUUAGCUUCUCUGUGCCUCGAAUUUCUUCAUCUGAAAAAUGGAGAUAAGAACACUGCCUCCUUACCUCAUACUGUUAUGAAAAUUAAUUGCCAUGAAAGGUGUGUCCCUGGAAGGAAUUCUAAGUGGUAAACAAACACAAAGCAUGAUUCUUGUAGCUCUAAGGCAUUUGUGAAAAUACUGAACCCUAGCAAAAAAAUAAAACUUGAUGGACAUGAGACUCCACCUGCCAUUCCAUCCAGGUGUGUCAUGAGCCAGCACUUGUCCCAGGAGGACACUGACUCAGGGACAUGAAUUCUCAGCACGUGGGCCUGCUAGAGCCAUUCCAGUAUAUUGAAUCCUACUUUCUGUUUCGGACAUCUUGUUGUUUGUUUGUGUUUGGGUCCCUGGUCUUUCACCCAAAUCAAAUAAAAGGUGUUGCUGAGAGGGCAGAAUAAAACUGGUUUUAAGUAA